GAAGCGCCGGACGUCGGGCGCCGCUCUUCGCGCUGGUACUUGUUUGUGUUUUGGUGUUUUGUUGUGGAAGAAGAAGUUACGUACGUCGUCAGUCGCCUCCCCCGAAAAAAGAUUUACUAAUUCCCCCUCCUUGAUUUAACAACGGCGCUAACGUAGGCUAGCCAUAGCCUACAAAGGAACUGUGGAAACUGGAGCUGUUCACGCGUUACUUGGGUCUUCUAGAGAACUGGACGAUGGCAUGUGGUGGAUGGGAAGGUGGCAUCGAUUCUAGUCAGCUAGAAGCAAGGCUGAGAGCAGGAAUAGAAGCGGAUAGGCGUUAUGCAACUGAAAACUCAGCGAAGCUACGGGCCAUUCAAUCAACGCCUUCAUAUGAUGAGUUUAGACAGCUGGUGCUAGGUUCCCACUUAAAACCAGUUGAUCGAAGUGAUAAAAGUAAAGUAAGACCUUAUUGGAAUUCGUUAGCAUCAACAGCAACGAAGAAAAGUAGCAAAUCGUCCCCUCAGGAUACUGAGAAUUCUGUGUACCCAACUGAUGUACAAUAUGAUGUGAAUAACCCCCCAAACACUACAGAGGGGUUAGUUCAACUCUGGGAACGUUUAGACCUUGCUGAGAGACUUGAACUCCUUCGUAAUUUGCCAGUACAGGCUACAGAAAAGCUUGCAGCAGGGUUGGUUGCUGGCAGCCUUUUAGGCGAUGCUAUCACUACACUCCUAGCUUUUACACCAACUGUCAAUGACGUUGUGAUGGUUGUCAACAUGCUGCAGGCUCUUACUUUAGCUAAAAGGUUUGCACUGAGUGUGACACUUGUUUGUGGAGAGGAGCGCUGGGCAUGGGGACGGUUGUUGGAGAAACUACAGUUGGCUCUUUCAGAAAGGCCACAAGAUCUAGCAGAAUUGAAUGUGACAGAAUGGACUUUGGCACAACUCAAACUGAAGUUCAACCUCUAAAGUAUUACAUACAGGGAAUUUCUGUACUUAGGAUAAGGACUUGAACAUUUCACUAGUUUAUUUCAAGUAUUAGAUCUCACAUUCAUCAAAGAUAUAAUUGUAUUGCAUGUUCGCUAUAGCAGUAGCUGUAUGUUGUAACUGUAUUUAUUGUUUAGUCUAUUUAUAUCAUACUGCAGUAGCUAUAACAUUUGGUUCAUUACAGUUCAGGGUUCCAUACUUUUAAGAUUUAUUGCCGGUAUUAAUUAGUAUGUAAGAGUUCUCCAAAGGCAACUACUUCACCUUGUACUUUAAAACAGUAUCAUUUACCUUCAUGCUCAAUUUUUAGAGCAUGAAAACAGAAAUCAGGUCGAUCAACUAUUAGUUAUAGUUUCCUGAGAUAAAGUUCAAUUACAGUAUAUUUUUGUUAUGCAUAUUGGCUUUGUAUGCAAUUUAUAUGAUAUUGUGAUAUAUGUGAUUAUAUUACAGUGUAGUAUCAGUUAAGAAAUAGAAUACAAGAG